ACAAAAGCAUGACUGUGAGGAUGUAACAGCGUGUAGCACAGCGUUUUAUACAUUGGUAGCACAGCGUUUUAUACAUUUUCUGCAGGUUUUUAAAAAAUGUCUGAAUUCAGCCAAAAUUCUGACCAGGAAGUCAGAAUCGAGGACAUCGAUGAAGAUGAAAUCUUAGGAAACUUAUCCCCUGAAGAGCUGCAGGAGCUCCAGAGUGAAAUGGAAGUCAUGGCUCCAGACCCAAGAGUCCCAGUUGGAAUGAUACAGAAAGAUCAGACGGAAAAAACUCCAACGGGAAACUUUGACCACAGAUCACUUGUUGAUUACCUGUAUUGGCAGAAGGCCUCAAGACGCAUACUAGAGGAUGAGAGAGUUCCUGUCAACCUCUUGCCAUCUGAGAGAAACGCUGUAGAGAAGUUUGAAGAAAAUGCUGGGGAUAUUGACAAUAUUGCUCAGAAAAGAAUGGCAGGAGACACUACAGAAGAUGACAGAAAAGAAACAUGUUACAAAAAUGAGCAUCUUGCACAGGACAAGGCUGGUUCAACACAAAAUACGGGAGAAACAAAUGAAGAAAGAAGCUAUAGAAAGACAGAAGAUGAGGAGGAGGAAGAGGAGGAGGGGGAGGAGGAAUAUGACAAUGAAGAAGAAGAGGAAGAGGAGGAGGAGGAGGAGGAAUCAGAAGAGGAGGACGAGGAAGAGGAGAGGAAGAGGAGGAGGAGGAGGAGGAAUGAUAACGACAAUAGAGAUCAGGUAACUAAAGAGCCAUGUACAGAAUCAGGGGAAAAGCCAGAAAACGAUGAGAAGAAAGUCUCAAAACUACAAAUUCCAAAGAAGUUAGCUGUUGAUACUAGCUUUAUUAAAUUGAGUGCAAGACCUUCAGGAAACCAGACCAAUUUAGAUGAGAGCUUGGAGAAGGUCCGGAAAAAUGAUCCAGAUGUAAAAGAACUCAACCUGAACAACGUUGAAAACAUCCCAAAGGAAAUGCUGGUGGACUUUGUGAAUGCCAUGAAAAAAAACAAGCAUGUAAAAACAUUUAGUUUAGCCAAUGUGGGAGCAGAUGACAAUGUAGCUUUUGCUGUGGCCAACAUGCUACGUGAAAACAGGAGCAUCACUACUCUAAAUAUUGAUUCAAAUUUUAUCUCGGGCAAGGGAAUUGUUGCAAUCAUGAGAUGUCUGCAGUAUAAUGAGACGUUAACUGAACUGCGUUUCCACAAUCAGAGGAACAUGUUGGGCCAUCAAGCUGAAAUGGAAAUUGCCAGGCUUCUAAAAGCCAACCCUAAGCUGCUGAAGAUGGGCUAUCACUUCGAACUUCCAGGUCCCAGGAUGGUAGUUACCAAUCUGCUCAGCAGAAAUCUUGACAGACAAAGACAAAAAAGGCAAGAGGAACAAAAACAGCAGCAAUUAAAAGAGCAAAGAGAGUUAAUAGCCAUGUUGGAAAAUGGACUAGGAUUGCCUCCUGGGAUGUGGGAAUUGCUGGGGGGACCAAUGCCUGAUGUAAGGAUGUGUAGCUCAAUACAAGCCCCCAAGCCACCUGUCCCUAAAAUUAUGCCUAUGAGCAGGAAAAAUGAACCUGCAAGAAAGCCGCCCCCUGAAAAAGAGAGCAAUGAGGAACCUGCCUCCUUCAAAACGGUUAAACUCAAGAGAACUCAGCGCAAGCCCACUAUUCCAGAAUACGUGGAACCCGCUGAAAAAACGAGUCUCAAAGAUGUGAUCAAGACUCUUAAACCAGUCCCAAGAAAACGACCACCUCCUCUGGUUGAGGUAACCCCAAGAGAGAAGCUCUUAAAUGACAUUCGUCAGAGUAACGUUGCUUAUCUUAAACCGGUACCAGUGCCAAAAGAGCUAGAGUAAAACACCAGAUUCGCCUGAAGGAAACAACCGGAAAUAAAGACUAUUCAAGUUUUACCUACAGUUGUUUCAAAGGAUGCUUUUUUGAGAAGUAGGUGGUAGAUAUGGACCUGGGGGAACAAUGCUUGUAAUAUGCAGUCAGUUUAUAUAACAGUGAAAAAGGGCAGAAUUGAGCAAGUCAAUGCUAACAGGAUUUCCAUCAGUUAUCAAGUAACAGUGAUGCCCUGUUAUAAUCUCUGUCUGCCACUUGGAUUCUAGUCUCCCAUUUGUUCAUACCUAUUUGCCCAGCUGCAGUAAUAACAUAACAGGUUUUACUGAUUAGGUCCAUGAACACUAUUGCUUACACGGUACUUUUUGCUGUUAAAUUCUCCUGCAACACAA